GGACCUCGAAGGGGCAGUGAUGGUGGGAGCCAUCCAAGGUGUCACAGGGCUGGGCUUUUCAUUUAACAAUUUGUUCUGAUGGAUGUGUAUAGAAUAGCUUGGAAGAGUGGUCGAGACACGAUACAAGAAGACCAUGAAGGAAGCCCGGAUGGAGGGGUGCACUCAAGCCCUGUUUCUUCUCCUUCUGUGAGUGGACCGCGGAGGCUGCUGAGCUGCCUGUCAUCCCAGAGCUCAGCUCUGAGCCAGAGUGGUGGUGGCUCCACCUCUGCCGCCGGCAUAGAAGCCAGGAGCAGGGCUCUCGGAAGGCGGUGGUGCCCAGCUGGGAUCAUGUUGUUGGCCCUGGUCUCUCUGCUCAGCUGCCUGCUACCCUCCAGUGAGGCCAAGGUCUAUGGUCGCUGUGAACUGGCCAGAGUGCUACAUGACUUCGGGCUGGAUGGAUACCGGGGAUACAGCCUGGCUGACUGCCUGUGCUCUGCCCUAUGCAGGGGUCUGCCUUGCUUAUUUCACAAGCGGUUUCAACACAGCUGCUGUGGACCACGAGGCUGAUGGGAGCACCAACAACGGGAUCUUCCAGAUCAACAGCCGGAGGUGGUGCAGAAACCUCACCCCGAACGUCCCCAACCUGUGCCGGAUGUACUGCUCAGAUUUGUUGAAUCCUAAUCUCAAGGAUACCGUUAUCUGUGCCAUGAAAAUCACCCAAGAGCCUCAGGGUCUGGGUUACUGGGAGGCCUGGAGGCAUCACUGCCAGGGAAAAGACCUCACUGAAUGGGUGGAUGGCUGUGACUUCUAGGAUGGACAGAACCAUGCACAGCAGGCUGGGAAAUGUGGUUUGGUUUCUGACCUAGGCUUGGGAAGACAAGCCAGCGAAUAAAGGAUGGGUGAAUGUGAA